AUGUUAAGCAAUCAAACCAAUUAAGAAUUAAUCAUUGCCAUCAACAAUCAAUUAGAAAAUAGUUGUCCAUAAACUAAUUUAUGUAGAUAGUCAGAUCCAAUUGCUGAAUGGGAAGAUCAAAAGACAGAAUCGAUUCUUAAGAUCAAUCAUCUUUCAAUCACUACAGAUGAUCAAACUCAGGACAGAAAAAGAUUUUAUUCUAACAAUGAAUUUAGAAAAGUGUCCUUUGAUGAAAGUCUCAACACAGUGCAUACUUAUUCUAAAGAUAAUAAAAAGGAGAUCAAGAAUUUCGAGACUAGUUUUAAACAUAAGAAAAAAGCCGACAAAUCUGAUCUUCCAAAAUCUAAGAGAAUUGGAAAUCACAAGCAGAGAAAAAACUCUUUUUGA